AACCGCCGCACAGUGAUGAAAAACGGCGAAAACGUGAACAAAACUGAUAUCUUCGAUUCUGAGGAGAUUUACAUUUGCGAAAGAAUGUUAAUCGCUACUCUUGGCCAAUUUGAAGCCAAGCCUUUUUUCGAGAAAAAAAGUUUCAAAGAUAUGAAAUUGAUUACUUAUAGAUUGUUUAUAAGAAAGGUGUCAUUGCGCAAUAGAUACCGCAAAAUAGUGUUGUUCCAUCAGGGAAGGAUGGAAAAGGGAGAUGAAGUUAAUCCAAAAGCAUAUCCUUUAGCAGAUGCCACUUUAACUGCAAAAAUCUUAAACCUCGUACAGCAAGCAAUGAAUUAUAAACAAUUAAGGAAAGGAGCAAAUGAAGCAACAAAAACAUUAAAUCGCGGUUUAUCAGAGUUUAUUGUAAUGGCUGCUGACGCUGAGCCAUUAGAAAUUUUAUUACAUUUACCGCUAUUGUGUGAAGAUAAAAAUGUUCCAUACGUAUUUGUUAGAAGCAAACAAGCUUUAGGUCGAGCUUGUGGUGUAUCCAGAUCCGUUGUUGCUUGUUCUGUGACAGUUAAUGAAGGAUCACAAUUAAAACCACAAAUUCAAGCCAUACAGCAAGAAAUUGAACGACUUUUAGUCUAAGUAUUUUGUACCUGAUUUGAAAUCUUAUUUGUAAGUUUAUAUUCUGUGCAUCCAUUGUAUUUUUAUCAUAAAA